AACUAAAACAUCCAAAACUGAAAUAAAAACAUAAUCUUUUUAAAGUUCCUGUUUUCCCCUUCUUUUUUCAUAAAAAUUAACGCCGGAGAAUUAUGAUCUGCCGGAGAAUUUUACUAAAAAGAGUUUGGAACAACGGUCGCCGAUGGCUUGUUCCUUCCUCAUCUCUGUCGCCGGUUCCGACGACGGCGGACUACAAACUUCACUUCUCCACCCACAUUAUGGCGGCGUUUUCGUUUCCCCAAAAUAACCAAUUCACUCUGAAAAUUCCAUAUAUGGAAAAUAUAUGUAAGUUUUCAAGUAAUGCUGUGGCUGAUCUUCAUACUAAUGGAAUAGUUGAUGUCCCAUUGGCUCAAACUGGUGAAGGUAUUGCUGAAUGUGAGCUUCUUAAAUGGUUCAUUCAAGAGGGUGAUGAAGUUGAAGAGUUUCAACCCCUUUGUGAAGUUCAAAGCGACAAAGCGACGAUCGAAAUCACAAGUCGUUACAAAGGGAGAGUUGCUCAAGUUCUUCAUGUUCCCGGAAGUAUUGUAAAGGUUGGGGAAACUCUUCUUAAGAUGGCUGUCGAGGACACUCAGGUUCCACUGGUGACACUCAGUAAUUUGGAAAAAGAAAAACAACCUGAUACUAAAUCAAACAAAGACUUUACCGGUGGAGUACUAUCCACACCUGCUGUUCGAAAUCUUGCAAAAGAACAUGGUAUAAACAUUAAUGAUGUCCAAGGAAGCGGAAAAGAUGGUCGGGUAUUAAAAGAAGAUGUACUUAAAUAUGCUACUCAAGAAGGUAUCAUCAAAGAUACAUUGGUUACUGCUACUGCUGAUCUUGGACAACUGUUACAUCGAGAAAAGAGUUCUUUGCUCGAAUCAGCUCAAGUUUCAGGGCACUAUGAAGAUACGAUUGUUCCCUUGAGGGGAUUUCAGCGGACGAUGGUUAAAACGAUGUCCAUGGCUGCUAAGGUUCCGCAUUUUCAUUACGUGGAAGAGAUUGAUUGCGAUGCACUUCGAGAGCUUAAAGCGUCUUUUCAAACCAACAAUUUGGAACCCGGUAUAAAGUUCACGUUCCUUCCGGUACUGAUAAAAUCACUUUCAAUGGCGUUGAGCAAAUACCCCAUGGUGAAUAGUUGCUUCAACGAAGAGUCAGUUGAAGUCAUCCUUAGGGGUUCCCAUAACAUCGGAAUUGCCAUGGCUACUCCAAACGGUUUAGUGGUGCCAAACAUAAAGAACGUUCAGUCUCUUUCGAUCUUGGAGAUUACGAAGGAGCUUUCACGGUUACAACAAUUGUCACUGGACAAUAAGCUCAGUCCGGCUGAUAUAUCCGGUGGAACAAUAACACUAAGCAAUAUUGGAGCUAUCGGUGGAAAAUUCGGUGCCCCCAUUGUUAACUUGCCAGAAGUAGCUAUCAUUGCAAUGGGUAGAAUACAGAAACUUCCACGAGUGGCUGAUGAUGGAGAUGUUUAUUCCGCCUCCAUCAUGACUGUUAACAUAGGUGCGGAUCACAGAGUUUUGGACGGAGCAACUGUUGCGAGAUUUUGCAACGAGUGGAAACGGUUUAUCGAGAAACCUGAGCUCCUCAUGUUGCAUAUGAAAUGAAUGGGUAGGGGCUUUGUGACAAUGAAUAAGCCUCCAGAGCCAAUAAAAUAGUUUUACUGGAAGCAGAGACAGAUGUAGGUAGUAGUGAUCUUGGGGUUUAAAAGAGGUCCGUAGGCUGUGAUUGGGAGAAGAGUUGCGAAAGGGUUGAAAUUUGAAUCUCGGUAGUUAUUGGGUACAAUCUUCAUAUAUACAUCUUUGCAAAAGGAGAAGAUGGAUUCCAAUACAUAUCAUUUGCAAUCAAAACAGUGAAAGUAUACACCUUACUUUUUAUGGUUGAAAAAAUUACUUCAAAUUUGAUCAAUAUAACAAGAUUAUUAAAAUUAUUUUAUUUUUA